UUGAACACAAACAAAUACGGAGUAUUAAGUAUUGGACAAUCAAAGUCAUAAAUUGAAAAUUUUAUAACUAAGGUUAUCUAAUUAAAAGUAAUGAAAUUCAAAAGAAUUAAGUUUCUCCCCUGGUUGCUGUCUUAAUUUGCCGCUGCGCCAGAACCAGAGCCGUGACGCACGAGUCCUCAAGUUCCUGCCGUCCUUGAAACUGCUCCAGCCACUUCCGCCGGGAUCCAAUCAUCGCCGCCUUGCCGGAAUUGUCGCCAUCAGACUGCCGGGCCUAGGGUCGAACCCUAGGCCGGCUCUCGCUCUCUCGUCCGAUCUGUUCUCCCGUCUCUAUCCGUCUCCUGGUGCGUUUAUAGGGGCUGGAAUUUCGCUUGCCGUUUAGGAUUCAAGAUUGAAUCGGGGUCUUCCUAUUUGCUGCGAUUGAGAUCUUCCUGGGUUAGGACUCAAAAUCCGAGUCCAAAUAUGCUUUGUUUCUGUUUGCCGCUGGAUGAAGACAAAUUUUUCAGGGACACAGGCUGAUAGUCGAUUGUCAAACCAUGAUAAUCGAUUAUCCAAAGAUUCCCUGUCCAAAAAUUUAAAAUUCUAUCCGUUGGAGGACAACGGUAACCCAGAUAAUCGAUUGUCAACAAGUGAUAAUCGAUUAUUGGUCCUCUCUGAAGAUUCUGGGUUUUGGCUGCAAAGGCUGAUAAUCGAUUAUUGCAAAGCUGAUAAUCGAUUAUUGCGUGCUUCAGAACUUGGAAGUUCAAAGCUGCAGUGGCUGAUAGUCGAUUGUCACUAAGGUGAUAAUCGAUUAUCACCCAGCUAAAGUCUAGCCAGCUGAAACCCGUUUUGAAAAACCGAGGUCCAAAAACGAAGUGUUCCCAAAAGUAAAAACCAAUUCCUAAUUAUUUGUUUGAGGAAUAAUAAUAGUAGGAGAGGGGAGCAAAGAGCGGAGAGAGGUUUGCUCGCUGUAUUGACGGCCACAUUUACCUCUGAGCGCACUCUCAUUCAUUCCUUCCCGGCUUCAACGAUACUCUUCGCGUAUAACUUUCAUCCAGACCGUUUGCAGAUGAAACAGCAGGUAGAUCGUGGUGUUUGAUUUGGAUUCGGAUACGGGGAUGUCGUGCUCAUCGUCAUCUUCUGCUUCGGAGGAGGAUGAGGCAAUGGAUUCUUACAGGAAGGGGGGAUACCACGCGGUGCGUGUAGGCGAUUCUUUCUCCAGUGGUCGGUACAUCGCGCAGCGGAAACUCGGCUGGGGAGAGUUCUCCACUGUCUGGCUGGCCUAUGAUACUAAAACAUCAACAUAUGUAGCUUUGAAGAUUCAAAAGAGCGCACCACAAUUUGCUCAAGCUGCUCUACAUGAAAUUGAAGUCCUCUCUGUUAUUGCUAAUGGUGACCCCUCAAAUAGUCAUUGUGUGAUACGGCUGAUUGACCAUUUUAAGCACACUGGCCCAAAUGGACAGCAUCUCUGCAUGGUUCUUGAAUAUCUUGGUGAUAGCUUGUUGCGACUGAUAAGAUAUAACCAUCAUAAAGGCCUUGAGUUAAACAAAGUUAGAGAUAUAUGCAGGUGCAUUUUGACUGGUCUAGAUUAUUUGCACAGAGUACUUGGAAUUAUACAUACCGACCUAAAACUUGAAAAUAUUUUGCUCUGCUCCACCAUUAAUCCCACCAAAGAUCCAAUUAAAUCUGGGCAGUCCCCUAUUCUUGAAAGGCCUGACGGAUUCCAAAAUGGGGGAGCGACCAUGAAUCUCAUUGAGAAAAAGCUAAAGCAAAGGGCAAGGACUGCUGCAGCCCGGCUAUCUGGAAGACAAUCUUCCAUGGUCGAGGGAACAGAUACAAAGCCCACAAGAUCUCUUGAUGGAAUUGACUUAUAUUGUAAGGUUGUGGAUUUUGGAAAUGCUUGUUGGGAUGGUAAGCAAUUUGCAGAAGAAAUUCAAACAAGACAAUACAGAGCUCCUGAAGUAAUAUUGCAAUCUGGGUAUUCUUUUUCGGUUGAUAUGUGGUCAUUUGCUUGUAUUGUGUUUGAGCUUGCUACUGGUGAAAUGAUGUUCACGCCAAAGGGCGGACAAGGUUUCAGCGAGGAUGAGGAUCACCUUGCUCUUAUGAUGGAGGUACUUGGCAAAAUACCUCGGAAGAUGGCAACUAGUGGGGUCCGAUCUAAAGACUACUUUGACAGACAUGGUGAUUUAAAGAGGAUCCGACGACUUAAGCACUCGCCUCUGGAUAAACUAUUAGUUGAUAAGUAUAAACUCUCGAAAGAGGAUGGGGUUGAGUUUGCAGAGUUUCUUCGUCCCCUCCUUGCUUUUGAGCCAGAGAAGCGACCAACUGCACAGCAAUGCCUGCAGCACACAUGGCUCAAUGCUAAUAAGGGUUUGAAUCCGAAUGAGAUCAGCGGCGAAUCUGGCUUUCAUAAAGUUAAUGUUGGGAUGAGCAGCUUUCAUGUUAAGGUGGGUAAGUGAUAGUAGGGUGAUCAAUAUGACCCCCACUGCAUUUGCCCAAGUCUUACCACAGGUUUGUUAGUGCGCAUACGAUUCAUCCUCACUUACCAACACAGCCACAUCCUCCCUGUGGAUAAAAGUAAGUUAGAGGAUUGGGAGAGAGAGCCAAUCCCAGUCAUAUGCCCCCAAACUCUCUCUCUCUCUCUCCACGUGUAUGAAAUUUUGACCACUUAGAUUCAACCGAUUUUCCAAAGUUCCACUUCAUUCAUUACCAGAAUGGCCAAUCAAAUGAUCAUAGUUAACACUGAACUAGUAUAAUCUUGAGCCCCCUUCAGGAAUAUGAGAGGUGCGGGUUAGCAUUACAAUCUACAAGACAACCCCCGUCCCAGAUUUCAUCCGUUCUUGAAAAGAUGCUACUCGGAUGAAUUUUAGGCUCCUUCAAUCAUAUGGGACCUAUUUGGAAUUGGUUGUUAGCUACUUAGCUCUUUGUAUCCGCGUAUUGCUUUAGAAAUUUAAAUGAUUGUGUUACCUGAUUGGCAAAAAAAUGUUUUGUGAAAUU